AGGUCUCGAAGGCCGCUGGCGAGCUACGGAGGCACCUGGGGCGAGACAUGCCCGUUUCAGAAUUAGAUUUCCACGAGGUGUCAGGGCUGGGUGUGCCUUUUCCGGUGGCUCCUGUCCUGAUCCAAAAGCCGGCCACCUUGCAGCUGAAAAGUGGCCUUUCCAUGCCGUUGUUGGUCUUCGCCGUGUCCGGGAAGCGUCGCCCCUCCGUGACCGACCUGGCUGAGCUCUUGCGGAUGGGUGUUCGACAUCUCCAGGUCUCUCCCAGCGUGGUGCAAGCAGUGGGCCAAGCAGUGCGCCUCAGCCAGGUCCCUCGUUCGGAGCUCUUCAUCUCCAUGCUCUGGGAGCCGCCCCUCGAUACCAGCGCGAAGCUCGAUAGCCUCACUGAGCAGCUUGGCUUCGUCGACCUGAUGAUCUUGCCACAGACACCAGAGCUGGAGAGCGUGUGGAAGCACCUAGAGAGGUUGAAGGCUCGAAAGCGCUUCAAGGCACUCGGGGUCAAGGACUUCCGUCCUGAAGAGGUGGAGUUUCUCCCGGGCAACGGCGAAAGCGUGGAAUAUGCUCAAUGCGCCUUCACACCCUACCGACACGGCCCCAGACGCGACACCUGGAGGCGAUUUGGCCAGCGGGAAGUAGCUUUGGCAGCCACUGGGCUUUUCACUGACUGGCCUCGCCCAUUGCCUCCUUUGCUAGAUCCACACGUGCUGAUCAUCGCCCGGCGCUUCAAACGCAGUGCCGCGCAGGUGCUGAUCCGCUGGGCUUUGCAGCUGGGCUUAGCAGUGGUCUUCCACAGCCAGAGGAAGCAGCACGUGGCGGAGAACCUGGCGGCCUUGGACUUUGAGCUGCCCAUGCGGGAAAUGCAGCUGAUCAGUGGGCUGGCCACGCUCGCGGAGCCCGUUCCGCCAGGAGACGGCUUUGCAACUGGGUGGAAGGGCCAGGGUAGAGUUGGGUGGAGUGGGCUGGGUGGAAGGGCCCUGCGGUGAGGCGGUUGAUUCGUUGACUGCUUUGUUCGGCCCUGAUGGCCGGUCGGGCAAAGAGUCUAUGUGAAAAGAAAGAAC